AUGAACGCCUCACACAUCGAGAACCUUUCGAAUGCUUCGACAUUGACCCCCGUGGAUCUGUUUCUCGUAGACCCGGGGAGAUAUGGCGAUCUCGAGCUACAGGACGAGUUCCGCCGGUUCACGAACGUGGACUCCCCAGAAGCGUUCAGUGGCGACGAUGCCGGCGACUCCAUCGGCAUGAACGGGUUGAAUUUGGUUGGUGACGUCGAGGUCUCUGCCACAGAGCAAUCGACAAUGUCCCCAUCCACGGAUUCGGAGCUACCUGCAGAGUCUAGGUCGAAGAUGCGACGCCGAGCGCAAAACCGCGCUUCUCAGCGAGCAUUUCGCGAACGCAAAGAGAAGCACCUCAGGAGUCUGAAGUCGACCUUAGAGAAUCUCGCCGAAAAGCAUCAGAAGCUCCUCGACUCAUACUCACAGCAAUCUGAAAUAGUGGCAAAGUUGAAAGGGCGCGUUGCAGACCUGUACACACAGCUCGCAGCCUUGUCGACAUACUCGGAACAAGACACAGACACAGCGAUUUUCCGAAUCCCAAGGCCUUUGACCACCGAGUUCCAGCAGUUUGACGCCUUUUCCUUUCCACCACUCUCUGCCCCAGCGGGCCGGCACAGCACCUUUCGCCAGAGCCAGGUCUUGGAUAGUGCUGAACUUGACAGAUUGUCCACCCUGGAGGCGAAUGACCUCCUAGGGUUUGAUGACCUGCUGAACAUGCCUUGA